GCGCUAUUUGGAAAAUCGGAACAUUUUACACAAUGGUCGAUGUUGUUUUUGUAGACAAUAACAUAAAUGACAUCGUCAGUUUUGAAGUAGUUUACAAAGAUACGGUGCUACAAGUGACAUUAGACUUAUCAGCGCAACAUGAGGAAACAGUAACACUGCCUUCUACUAUAACAUACUUUCCACUUAAAGAGAAUCCUGAAUUCGUGGAAAAAAUAUUUUCUGUCUAUAUUUCUAUCGAAGUUGAAACUUAUAUCCACGAAAUCUAUACUGAAAGACG